AGGUCCCACAGAUAUCUCUGCUUAUUUUUGUCUUUAAAGAAAUCUCUAAAGGGGGCAGCUGGGUGGCACAGUGAAUUGAGAACCAGGCCUGGAAAUGGGAAGGUCCUGAUUUCAAAGCUGGCCCCAGACACUAUUUAGCUGUGUGACCCUGGGCAAGUCACUUAACCCCCAUUGCUUAGCCCUUAUAACUUCUGUCUUGGAACCAAUACAUAUUGGGUUUAAAAAAAGAAAGACAUCUUUAUGGAAAUUGCUAAGACCUCUGGAGCCUUGGUGUUCUCCUUCCAGGGGGUGGGGAGAAAUUGGGGAUUUGAAAGGGAGUGAGUAUGGGGAGCCUCCCAGGCCCUCCCAGGGAAAGCUUUGCCUCCAGUCCUCUCAGGUCCCGGUGACUUCUUUCCCCUAGCAGCCACCGAAGUUCUGCCAGAAGGAUGACGGAUUGCUGUGCUCAAUUUAUGUCUCCCUCCCAUUUUUUUUUGCCCGUAGGUCGGAGCGGAUUUGGCAUUUCUCUUGGGGCCUAGGGGACAAGGCCUGUUUUGGUCCCUCUCUCCCUGGGGGCUUUUGGCCCUGACUUCGGGACUCCGAUCUAGGCAUGGGCCCUUUCCCGGAGAAAGGCUAGGAAAGUCUUCCUUGGCUCCUGGCCUAUCUCUUCCUUCCCCUGCGCCCUCCUCUCCCGCUGGAGCAGGGGGUGGCCAGUGACCCAGGAUCGCAGGAGGAUGGAAAUGAGGAGGUAGAUCCCGAUAGGGAUCGAGCCCGGGCAGGGGGCCCUUGGCGUCGAGCCCCAGGCACCCUGGGGUUGGGGGCAGCGCUAAGUUGCGCAGGCUCGUUUCCGUGCACCUCGGAGCCGCGGCCUUAUGGGUUUGCAGGGGAUGCCGCGACGGCUCCCUCCCAGCCCUUCCGGGGGCAGGGCGGGCAGCGCACUCCUGGGACCUUGGGUUUCUUCCCAGGGCGCCAGGGGGCGCUGCUGGUGACACCGCCGCGCUUCCGACCGCGUCCCGGGGGAGGAGCCGCUCCCGCCUCAGUCACCGACGCCACGCUCAGGAACCCGGAAGCGGCGGCCCGGCGGCUAGGAGAAGCCGGCCCCCUGCAGCCUGGUCAUGCAACCCCCGCCCGUGGGGCCGGUCCUGGCCUCAGCCUCGGCUGCAGUUAAGGAACCCCGGCUGGUCCGCUGGUUGCGCUGUGGCAGCGGCAUUCUGGCGCACCUGGUGGCUUUAGGCUUCACCCUUUUCCUGACCGUGUUGUCCCGGCCCGGGACCAGUCUCUUUUCCUGGCACCCUGUGUUCAUGGCCUUGGCGUUCUGCCUCUGCAUGGCUGAAGCCAUCCUGCUCUUCUCUCCUGACCACUCCCCAUUCUUCUUCUGCUCACGUAAGGCCCGGAUCCGACUACACUGGGUAGGGCAGUCUCUGACCAUCUUGUGUGCUUUCCUGGGCCUGGUCUUCAUCAUCUCCAGCCGGACCCGAAGUGAGCUGCCCCAUCUUGUGUCCUGGCACAGUUGUGUGGGAGCUCUGACACUGUUGGCCACCAUUGGGCAGUCCUUGUGUGGCCUUAGCCUCCUCUGCCCUCGGGCAGCCAGGUUCUCUCGUGUGGCUCGUCUCAAACUCUAUCACCUGACAUGUGGGCUGGCAGUCUACCUGAUGGCCACACUUACAGUGCUCUUGGGCAUGUGCACGGCAUGGUUCCAGGCUCAGAUCAAAGGGGCUGCCUGGUACCUGUGCCUAUUCCUGCCCAUAUAUCCAGCCCUGGUGAUCAUGCAUCAGAUCUCCAGUACCUACUUGCCAAAGAAGAAAAUGGAAAUCUGAUUCUGAGUUUUCUCUUGGAUUCCCUCCCUCUUCCUCUUAGACCCCUCCUCCUUGGGGUAGGGCAGUUGCUUUCUUCUUCUGUGGCUUUUCCAAUAUUAUUCCCCAAACCCAUUGAGUCAGCCUGGCAUUUUAGAAACCCAGGCUGCUGUUGAGUGGUGACUGAAAAGUCCAGUAACAGAAUACCAUUAGAAUCAGGUAGAAGAGAAAGAUGGUGGGCAGGAGGUAAGCUUGAGGUCAGAGGCAUUGUGAAGAACUGGGGUUGCUCAGGAGUUAAGUUAUAUUUGGUUAUGAAGGGAAGCUAGGAAUGGAUGCAAUAUGUAAUCUACUGAAGAGGCAGGGUGGUAUAGGAGUCAGGAGACCUUGCUAACUCCUGGAUCCAGCUCUGCCAUAAACCAAUAAGGUGGCUUUGGGUUAUCUUUCAGGAGCAGGUGAGGACUCUCAUUCUCCCCCUAUAGAAUGAGGGCAUCAUAUCAGACUAUCUAUAAGUUUCUCUCCAAAUCCAAAAUUAUUCUAUGAGGUUGACCUUAAGUAGGAUAAACCUCCCCUCCCAUGACGUAUGUAUCCCUUGGUGCCCUUGUCCUGAGACAGACCCUUUUGUUUACUAUUGGGCUGCUCCAGUGAAGAGGAAGAGUGUAUACCUGGGACCUCUUCUUAGGUACAGAGUGGUCAGGCUUUGUAGGUGCCAAGGGCCUGUGUCAGGGUGGGUCCUAGGCUCUGAAUGGUGAAGCAUUAGAGUCACUUUAACACUUUGUGGGGGUGGAGAUCAGAAAACUAAGCCACCCCUGGCUGGCUUUGAUAUUCACCUGCCAGAAGCCUCUUGAGCCCUCACAAACAUUUGUUGGGACUUGAGAAUUGAGCACCAUCUUUAGAGUGGGUUUCAUAGGAGCAUGUUCAGUUGUACCAUGUUGGGUCCUGGGGCUUGCUGGAUUUUCUCUUUUCCCUUGAGUACUGUUUUCAGGAAAGGGUGAUCGCCCAACACUUUUGAUCCAUUGCCUUUGUUCUUUCUAGGGCUUUCAUUCUCACCUUAGUACAGUCUCUUGUGAGAAUGGGAGAGGUUGGAUUGACUCUCAUUAGGGCUGGGGGAUGGUGGUGGCUGUGCAGAGAUGGACAGAUGUACGUGAGAGUCAGCUUAUGAGUUAAAGGAACAAAAAAGGAUGGUGAGGGAGCCUCUCCAUCCAACUUAUCCUUUGUUCUUCCUCUCUUUCCAUUUUCUGAUACUUCUUUGACCCUAUCUCUUGUCAUAUUGUGUCUUGGAUGGUCAGGGUUUUGGUUCAGGGUUCCUGGUUGAUUAAAUUUGGUACUACAAAUCAAGGGAUAGACUCACAGUAGAAUAGGCUGUCCUUUGACACCUGGUACCCAAGUUCCCUCCAUUAUCCCAAGGCCUUUCCUUUGUGUUGCGAUAUUUAACUGGCAAAUUGGCAUAUUAUAGUCCAUCUCUGAUUGAGCCCCAAGAGGAGGGCAAGACUUAGGGAAAGUCCUUUACAGAUGGCAUUCAAAGGAGGGGCCUUGGGACAGUGAAGGAAGCUCAGGGAAUCCCCAGGACUGGCGUCCAGGACCAGACAAGGAGAUUGCUACUGAUGGUAGUGGUUCUUCAAUACCUGCAUGGCAGGUGCCUGGGCCCCAGGCCAGGGCAUUGGCAGGGAUGAGCACAAAGAAUGCGGGAGAGGAAGGAAGAAGGCCCUUCUGCACAGGACAGUGUCCCAGGCAUGUGGAGGGGCUAAGGCACCUUCUGAUUGUCAGGCAGUCUCACGUGAUCAUGCAGAUGAGUGAUGCAGAGUGAGGUUCUGUCCCUAGCCACCUUGGCCUUUUCCUGAUUUCUACCCCUUUCCAAACUGUCGCUGCAGAACUGUGGAGUAGCUUUUGUUUUGAUGAGCAGAAGGAAAAGUGCCCAGCUGAUCUUCCGUAGCUUGGGAUUUGAUUUGAAGUUGGAGCUUGGGGAAGGGGCAGGCCUUUGGGGACUCAUCUGGGCACUGUGCCAUCCCUUAGACCCCAUUUGCUGUCUGGUCCCAUCUCCCCACCUUUGGCCUGUGCUAAGUGGGGCCUGUCCUGGUGGCAGCUCCCAGAGGGCGGGCAGUGCUCUGUGACUCUGCAGUCCUGGUCUGAGAGCUGAGUGGUGGCAGUGCUGCAAUACAAUCUGAGCUUGCCUGGGGUGUUGUAACCUCCCAGGUGGUGAGGGGGCGGCCAGGCGGGUGUGUUGACAGUCAGCCCGGCAGUUUGCGUGGGCUGCACCAGCUGAUGUCUAUUCUGGGCCCUAGAUAGGGAGAAGCCAUUUCUGUUCUGCAAGAGGACGGCCCUGGCUGCCAUGGCCUCCCGGCAUCCUCUGCCCCUCUGUCUUCCCUGCCGGCCUGGAGAGCUAGAGAUGUGCUUGUGGCCAAUGGUAGAAGGCCCGGUUUGGACGGCCAUCUGUAAUGUGGGCAGCCAUUCGCCAGAGGGAGCCCGCUUCCUUGGCAGGAGAAGCUACCUCACUCUUCCCUCCUCCACCUGGCUUCCCAUCCAGCCACAGCAGCUGGACCCCCAUUAGCCCUCUGUGCCAGGGCUCUGUCCCUCCAGCUGGGCUGGCAGUAGCUGCCGGCUGUCUGGAGCACUUUCGUCCGCCCCUCCUUCCCUGCUAACCUCAUCUGGGAUGCUUGGCUUCAUUGAGGAGAGGCAGAGGCCUGUGGCUGCCUCCUGUCCCAUGAUGAGGAAGGACCGCUAGUCAUGGGAGCCAGAGCUCUUGUGUCUCGAAGAGCUUGGCAUGUCACUUCCAUAGAAGUGUGUAUUAGGAUUGCUAUGCUCUGAGCCUUUGAAAAAUGAACCUGUAAUCUGGGUCAAGCUAAAAAUUAAGAGUAUUGGGUGUAUAAGAUACAGAUGUUGAAGCUGAGCCAUUUAAUUCAGUCCCAGAUUAAGGCACUUUCCUCCACACCUCUCCUGACCACACUGCUUCCUCAUACAGCUUCCUCUGGACUGGGAGGAAGCUGGGAGGGGGAGGGGAGCCCUACCUGGCCCAUUUCUCCUCUCCCUUCCAUUCUUCCCCAUCUCAUUGUGGGCAGUCCCAUCCCUUUUCUUUUUUCAUUCCACCCCACCCUGUGCACUGAUUCUCCAUAGCUUCUUUUUGAAACCUCAGUGUGGGAGAUCCUGGCCCCCUCCCUGAGACAGCUGGCGGCUGUGCCAAGGUCUGUUCAGAAUUAAUAAUAAUCAUUAGCUGACACGAUGCAGGCGCUUCCAGCUCCAGAUCUCUAAGCACUUCUAAGGCUGAGUCAGGCAGCACUUAUUUCUCCUCCCUGCCCUCCCACCCCCUUAAUGGGGUGGUGUCUUGGUGGGAAGGAAACCAGGAAUCUUCUCUCCUGGCCUUUCAUUGAGAGCCUUGCCUUCCUGAGUGGGAGGAUAGAGCCUGGUGUUCUAACAGCACUGUUGGGCCCAAGGACAACGGUGUCUAGCUCAGGCAGAUGAAAGCUGAUACCCUGAGCCCUUGAUGUCCUUCCUGUUUGCUCUGCUGCUCCUGUAUCCUGGGAGCCUGAAGGAAGCCCCAGUGCCAUGGUCUAGGCCUUCCCUUGGUGCGGAGCUCUGAGAGCCUUCUACCUGCUUGUCUGAUUUGCAUGGAGAGCCUGUGUCCUUGGGUGGGAAAAGGGACAGCCCAAGAUUGGAGGCCUGGCUUCUGCCUCUAUGACCAGCUGUGCGACCUUGAGUUCAUCACUUAUCACCUGUUCCUAUCUACCUCAAAAGGUGUCAUAAGGGUUACAUGGGGAGAGGUGGGCAAGUCCAGUGAAGAAAACACUUCCGAGUUCAAAUUCUGACUGCCUUGGGCAAGUCAUUUAACCAGAAUCUGCAACCUUGGCUGUAAAAUGGGGAGAAUACUUUGUACUACCUACCUCAUAAGGUGGUUGUAAGGAUCAAACCAUAAAAUGGAUGUGAAAGUGCUCUGUAACUGUAAAUGCUGUAUGAAGAGAAGCUGCUGUAACAGAUAUGAAAGCACUUUAAAAAGUAUAAAGCACUCUGCACACGUAAAA